AUGGAAUUAAAUAGUAGCGAUAAAAGCGGUUUACCUUAGUCUUUUCCUAGCUAAUAAAAGCAGUUUUUAACAUCAAAUAUGAAUAUCAAUGAUGUUUACUUAUUCUCUUCUUAAAAAAAUAUAGAUGCAGACAUUAAAUGCUCUUCAAAUUAAAUUGAAAAAGAUAAUUUUCCUACAAGACCUUCUUAUUUUACUAUUGAUGAAAAAAAUAGCUCAUUUACUAAAGAAAUAAACCCUUCAUUCAAAUGCAACAUACUAAUUUGUAGGGGAUGCUAGCUACUUUUGGGAUAUAAAACAUUUAUUUAAAAAAAGGAAAAACAUUUCAUGAUUUUGAGUGGUUUACUCAAUUAUAAAAUAGAUCCUGAAGCUGAAGAUGAUCACUUUCUUUAUGUGUUCUGCAUGAGUUGUAAUGAGUAGUUAGGAAUCAAAAUAAACAACAAUUUCUUCAUAUACAAUGCAAUGAUUUGUGAAAAAAAUAGAAUUAUGACUGCUGCCAUUAUCUCCCUUAAGAAAGAUUUAAAUGAUGAAUUCGAAAAGCUUUUGAAUAUCAUUAAUUAGUAGCUUAAUUUAUAAAUAACUAUUCAUCACUUUCACUUGUAAAAAUCUCAACUCUAAAAUUUUAAAUUAUAAUUUAAUUACGAUAUUUGCAUAAUCAUUCAUAAAGAAGAAGGCAGACUACUUCUUUUUGAUGAAAAUGGAAUUUACAAUCAUGUUUACAGAGAAUGCUUUAAAAACACUAAGGGUAAUGUGUUGUUUAUUUUGCUCUUGAAUGACUAUUUUCACUAGUAAAGCAGUUAAAAAUAUUUUUCCCAAAGUAAAACACACGAAAACAGCAGCUAAGAUUGUGGCAGUAGUAAAGUAAUCAAUAAUGAAAAUAAAUCUUAACUAAAUGGGGAUAUAUUCUCUAUUUAAAAUCCAAUUUAUGAUAAAAAUCUCAUUAAAGAUAUUUCUGAGAAUGGCAAACAGCCUCUCCUUCAACUACUAAGUAAAAACUAACUUGUAAUGACUAUUAUAGAACAAAUAAAUAUUUUACAGAUAAAUUUCCUAAUGAAUUUUGUACAUAACUCACAAUACAAACCGUUAGUCCCUAGUGAACUUAACUACAAUCUAGGUUUUACUAAAAUAUACCUCAAAAUCAACAUUGAAAAAAGCUAAAAUGCUGUCUUAUCAUAUUUUAUCUAGGAAUCCCAAACAAAAAGUGAGUUUAAUAUUGUAAUUCAGCAGUUAUAGCAAUAGAGUUUAAAAGUUUAAAAAAUAAAAGAUUCUCAAGACUCAGAUACAAAUCUUGAAAAUUAAGUAAACGACGUUACUUAUGAAAAAGAAAAAAAUCAGAAAUGUUCUAUAUUUUGA